CGGGGCUGGGGCGGGGGCCGGGGGGGCCGGGCCCGUUCCACGUGUACAGGAGCGCGGCGGGGCCGGGUCGGGGGGGCUCAGCUCCCGCCUCCCCCCACCGCCGCUCCGAGCCAUGGCCGCGGGCAGCGCCGCGCUGCUGCUGAGCCUCCUGGGGGCACUGGGGCUGAGCGACCCCGGCCCGCUGGAGGACGUGGUGAUAGAGCGCUACUACAUCCCCAAGGUCUGCCUGCGGGAGGCCCAGAUGGGGGACUUCGUCCGCUACCACUACAAUGGGACCUUUAAAGAUGGCAAAAAGUUUGACUCCAGCUAUGACCGAGGGGCCACGGUGGCCGGCGUGGUGGGCGUGGGGCGGCUGAUCACCGGCAUGGACCGUGGGCUGCAGGGCAUGUGCGUGAACGAGCGGCGGCACCUCAUCGUGCCACCCCACCUGGGCUACGGCAGCAUCGGCGUCGCGGGGCUGAUCCCCCCUGAUGCCACCUUGUACUUUGACGUGGUGAUGCUGGACAUCUGGAACAAGGACGACAAGCUGCAGAUCACCACCCUGGCCAAACCCGAGCACUGCAACCGCACAGUGGAGAACUCAGACUUCGUGCGGUACCAUUACAACGGCACGCUGCUGGAUGGAACCCCCUUUGACUCCAGCUACAGCAAAGACAGCACCUACGAUACGUAUGUGGGCACUGGCUGGCUGAUCAAGGGCAUGGACCAGGGGCUGCUGGGCAUGUGUGCCGGGGAGAAGAGGAGCAUCGUCAUCCCCCCAUUCCUGGCCUAUGGGGAGAAGGGCUAUGGGACCGUGAUCCCGCCACAGGCCUCGCUGGUGUUCAGCGUGCUGCUGGUGGACUUCCACAACCCCAAGGACGGCGUCUCCCUGGAGCACCUGGAGGUGCCACCGUCCUGCAGGCGCAGGGCCGUGACCGGGGACUUCGUGCGCUACCACUACAACGGCACACUGAUGGACGGGACGCUCUUUGACUCCAGCUACUCCCGCAACCAAACCUACAACACCUACAUCGGGAAGGGCUACAUCAUCCCCGGCAUGGACCAGGGCCUGCAGGGAGUCUGCAUCGGCGAGCGCAGGCGGGUGGUGGUUCCCCCACACCUGGCCUACGGCGAGAACGGAGUGGGGAACAAAAUUCCCGGCUCAGCUGUGCUCAUCUUCGACGUCCACGUCAUUGACUUCCACAACCCGGCCGACCCGGUGGAGAUCGAGACCGUGCACCGGCCCGAGGGCUGCAACGUCACCGCCCGCAACAGAGACUUCGUCCGCUACCACUACAACUGCUCCCUGCUGGACGGCACCCGGCUCUUCUCCUCCCACGACUAUGAGAAGCCCCAGGAGGUGACCCUGGGGGCCAACAAGGUGAUCGAGGGCCUGAACAGCGGCCUCCUGGGCAUGUGUGCGGGGGAGAGGCGGGUGCUCAUCGUCCCCCCGCACCUGGGCCAUGGCGAGAGUGGAGCCCGGGGAGUGCCCGGCAGCGCUGUGCUCCGCUUCGAGGUGGAGCUGAUCUCCAUGGAGGAAGGAGUUCCUGAAGGAUACCUCUUCAUCUGGCACGGGGACCCUCCCGAGAACCUCUUUGAGCAGAUGGACCUCAACAAGGAUGGGCAGAUCCCUGCUGAUGAGUUCUCCACCUUCAUCAAGACCCAAGUGGCAGAAGGGAAGGGGCGCCUCAUGCCUGGCUCCGACCCUGAGAAAGUCAUCGCCGACAUGUUCGGGAACCAGGACCGCAACCAGGACGGGCGCAUCACGGCCGAGGAGCUGAAGCUGAAGUCGGAUGAGGACCGAGAGAAGGUCCACGAGGAGCUGUGAGACGCAGCACCGCUGUGCCCGCGGAUGGGACUGCCCUUUGCUGGCCCCCGUUUCUGAUUCUUUUUUUUUUCCCCUUUUAUUUAACUGAGGUUUUUUUGAUGUGUUCCUCAUGGGCAGGAGACCUCCCCAGUGCGCAGUUAAUGCACACAGGCAGGAAGGUGGGUAGCAGCCCGGCCCUGGGUGCCUGCAGGGGGUCAGCGCUUUCCCCCGCACCCCCGUGCAGCACCCACUGAUCUCAGCAAACACCUCCCACCCUCCAGCGGGGCCCGGCCUCCCCAGGACCCUCCCUGCCCUUUCACCUCUUCGUGUCCCCAGCUCAGCCCCAAGCCCCGCUCCAAACCCUCUGCUCAUGGCUCCCCCAACCCCCAGCUCUGCUCCUUUGUCCUCAGCCAGUGACUGCACAGCCCGCCGGGCCCCUCCACCUCCUUUGCAGGAUUACUGUAGUGUAGGGAUUUUUUGUUUGUUCGGGGUUAGUUUUAAAUACACGUACGUAGAAUUCUUUAAAGGAGAAAUAGAGCAGCCUCCCCUGCUGCUGCCCGCUGCAGUUCCCAGGAGCAGAGGUUGGAGGUGGCUCAGGGCUCCAGCACAGAACCGGUGCUCCCUGCACUGCUGCAGCCGCAGCCGGGACCAGAGCUGGCCAACCGGCCUGGGGAGCAGCAGCCCCCACCCCCCCUUCAUCCUCCCCACAGCAACAGCUGCCAGGGGGUGUGAGAAAUCGGCCCCGUUUGGUUCCGAUGCUGAAAUGCAGCCCAUUAACUCAGUGCUCUCAGGUUUGUGCCCAGCACAUCCCCACCAUCUUCCCAGCAGCUCUGAAAGCUUUUGCACAGUGUGACCUUGUGGAGAGAAAAAAUGCACAAGCAGAACUGUGCAAAGGGCCAGAGCAAGCCCCUCAAACAACGACUUCUAAGUGGCACCAAAUAAAUAAUUUCAAGUGGUUUCCAA